AUGAAAUUGACGUUCAAGACUUUACAGCAAGAUAACUUUCAGGUCGAGGUUGAGCAGACUGCAAAGGUGAUUGAAGUUAAAGAAGCCAUCCUGGCUGCUAAGGGUUACACAGUGGCCUCUCAAAAGCUGAUCCAUUCUGGGAAAAUUCUCAAUGAUGCUUCUACUAUCGAGGAACUUAAAAUUUCAGAAAAGGACUUUAUUGUUGUGAUGGUAUCCAAGCCCAAACCUGUUGCUGCUCCUGCCCCUGUUGUUGCUCCCGCUCCUGUUACCCCUGCUGUACCUGUUACUCCUACUGUACCUGUUGCUCCUACUGCUACCCCUGCUUCUGCUGUGCCUCCAGCUGAUUCCGUAGAUACACCUGUGAACCCAGAGACUCUCACAACUACAACCGCUCUUGCUACUGGCGCUGUAUACGAAAAUGCUGUUUCCAAUCUGAUGGAAAUGGGAUUUCCCCGUGAUCAAGUCACUCAUGCCAUGCGCACUGCUUUCAACAAUCCAGAUCGUGCUGCUGAAUAUCUCAUGACGGGUAUUCCCGAUAGUGUUGCAAGAGAAUUUGCUUCUACUGCUCCUGUGCUGUCUGAUACUACCACCACUCCUUCUAGUACUGCAGCUCCCGCAACUCCUGCUGCUCCUGCCGCUACUCAGCACAUCAAUCUAUUCGAAGCUGCUGCUGCCCAGGCUGCCCAGAGUCGCUCUGGUGCUGCAGCCUCACACGCUCCUGGUGCUGGAGAUGCCUCUACAUUGUCAUUUUUAAGAAACUCUCCUCAAUUUCAGCAGUUGCGCCAGCUAGUGCAUUCACAGCCACAGCUUCUUCAGCCUCUUUUGCAGCAAAUUGGACAAACUAACCCAGAACUCCUACAACUCAUUAGCCAAAAUCAGGGUCAAUUUUUGCAGAUGCUAAAUGAAGGAUCUGAAGAGGGGGGCAAUAUAGCUAGUGCUGAAGGUGCUGACGACACUGCUGCAAUGGGCCAGCAGAUCACUGUCACGACCGAAGAAAAUGAAGCGAUUCUACGAUUGGCUGCACUUGGAUUCGAUCGUGGCUUGGCAUUGGAAGCAUACUUUGCAUGUGACAAGAACGAAGAGCUUGCAGCCAACUACUUGUUUGAUAUGGGACAAGGAGAUGACUGGCAGUAGAUUCAAGCAAAUAAGAAGUAGAAUUGAACAUGAUUGGCUAGCUUUUACUUUUUUAUCUUGUCGAUUCAAAUAUCUAUUCAACUCAACAAUGCUGUUAAACAACUGUG